CCGAUAUACAGUUGAAUUGCAUCAUCCGCUGUUUGAAAAAUGUGUUCAAAAGAUCUAAUGUUGUGUCUUGAUCUAAUGGAUGUGUACCUCAUCCCCUUCUGACUGAGCUAUCGCAGAAACAAGAUUUUGUGGUUGCUAUGCUUUAUCUAAAUCCACGUGACAUCAAGCAAACUUGAAAGAAGAAUGGAAACUUUAAGUGAUGACAAAUUUUGCUCCCUGGAUAUGUUAGCUGAAGUUGCAUCGGCAACUUUGGAAAAUGAUCCAGAACUUGUUUCAUCUGCACAGCAGCCGGCAAAACAUUCAAAUAAGGCUAACUGCAGCAGCUCACCUAAAAAAUCUAAUGGUUCUGAACUGUUAAAUUUUGAUCAAAUUAAAUCCUUGUCAGAGAAAAUGUUAAUAGAAAUGUUUUCAGAGCUUAGCUGUGAUGAAAUAAGAAAAAAUUAUUCAUUUAAGUGUUUUUUGAUGCCUGACAGAUGCACUCAAAUUUUUAAGAGCUUUGGAAAUGAAACCAGAGCGAGAUUCAAAAUAAAAGCUCACCUACUUUCUCACAUAAAGGACUUAGCUGAAGAAGCAAAUGAAAAUGGCAGCAUUACAUUCUUGGCUGAACCUUUGCAUGUGAGGAAUAAGCGUUUAAAAGCUGAAAACUAUAAAAGUGAGUGUAAAUCAUAUAACUUGAGCCCUAAAUGUACAGGGAGAAAGCCACCAAUUGUUAUUCCUACACCACCAUUUCCAUAUGUAUAUAUUCCAUUGCUUCCUCACAUAGCAGAGAUUGCAGAGGUUGGAAAUGCUACAAUUUGUAGCAAAUGCGGAAAUUCCUUUGAUGAUGGCAAUCAUGAAAAUUAUACAAAGGUUAACAAUAAUUCUAAUUCACCUGCUACCAUAGAUAAUGUAAGUUAUUAUAACCUGAGUAAUUUUUUACCAUCUGAUGAAAAUGAUCCUGAUUCUGAAGAUGAAAGCAUCUUAUCUGAUUCUUUCCUAAAUGAGGUAGUAUAUGAAGAUGGUGUUAUUCAUGAAAUUUGUCGUAGUAAAUGUCAUGAAAUUAGCAGUCAAAUCCCAGUUUGUUUUGAUGAUCUCAAACCUGAUUGUCCUGAAAAUUUGCAAGCUUGUGAAAAGAAACUGGCUUUAAAAUACAUAAGAGGUCUUCGUACAAAAAAGAAAGAAGAAAGAGGUCCAUUGACAUGCCAGAUCUGCAAAAAUAAAAGUUUUACAGCACAAGCAACUUUAAUGUAUCAUUAUAGGAGCCAUGCUGGAAUAAAGCCUUUCUCUUGUUCAGUUUGUGAAGCUACAUUUACUCGUCAACAUAGCUUGAACUAUCACAUGUUGAUACAUGAUAAUAAAAGCAGGUUCAUGUGCAGUGAUUGUGGCCGUAAUUUUCGCCAUCCAAGCCAUUACAAAGAACAUUUACGCCGGCAUACUGGGGAAACCCCAUAUGAGUGUACAGAUUGUGAUUUAAGAUUUAAAACAAGGAAUACUUACAAACGUCAUCUCAAAACCCGCCAUGGGAAAAUUCUGACUGCUCAAGGAAUAAGGCUAUUAUCCAUAGAAGAGUUUUACAAAGUUAGAACAAGUCCUCGAAGAAAAACUCCUAAAUCACCACCAAUCAAUCUAAAAGAUCAAGAAACUCAGUGGUCUGAAAAUAUGAUGGUACCAAAUGAUUCUACAGAUUCUGAAAAUGAACUAUGGUAAAUGUACAUUGAACUAUUGGAAUUGAAUAUAUAUACUGUACAUUGAACAUCAAACUUUUUCAAGAUGAAUUUCUACUAAGUAUUAGGACUGUAUAUAAUAUACACAUUCUAUUUAAGAAUUGGAAAAUGACUGCAUGCAGUAAUUUCCACUUCAAAAAGCAUCAAAUGCAAAUGAUUUUUGUAUAUAAUGCAUUCUUUUUAAAAUGUUCUAUUUCCCUAUUUUCUUUAAAUUCAUGUUCCUAAUGGUA